AUGUCUUUCGAUAUAGUCGAAAAACAUCACGUUCAUGAUAAUUUAAAAUUCUCUCGGUUUCGAAAAUUACUUUCACAAUCUUCCACAAAUAUACAAAUAAAAUUAAUGGAACCUAAGUUACAUUUUCAAGGGAGUCCAGAAGAAUCUUUAGGUUGUUUUAUGAGAGGUGAAUUAAUAAUGAAUUUAAAUAAACCUACUAAAAUCAAGCAAAUUGAAAUGAAAUUCUCUGGAUGUAUGAAAACCUAUUGGCCUCAAUGCAACACUUAUGGUUCAACCUUCCAUUGGAUCUUCCUUUCACCACCCACAAAAGGCGAUCCAAUCCCACCAUCAACAUCAAUUAAGAAAUACCAUUUGUUACCAGCAGGCAUUUAUGCUUUCCCUUUUGAAUUACUUCUUCCUGGUACAUUACCUGAAACUAUUCAAGUCGGACUUGGAAAUGGAAACGUCUCCUAUAAGCUUCGUGCCAAAGUCAUCAGAGCAGGAUUAUCUUCUAAUUUACGUGCAUCGCAACAUGUGACAAUCGUCCGUACAUUAUCCGAAGAAACAAAUUCUCAGGAAAUAGCGAACUCAAGAAAUUGGCAUAACUCGAUAAACCAGAUUGAUAUACCUAAUAAAGCUUAUUCAAUAGGAGGUACGAUCAAUAUUGGCUUGGAAGUUAUUCCACAAGCCAAGAGAGUUCAUAUACUUGGACUAAGGAUCGAAUUGAGUGAAAAAUCUAUUUAUAGAUCACGUGCGCAACAAAUAGUAGAGUCAAAGGUAUUGACAACUUAUCGUACGAAUGGUUUUUUGGAAGGGAAUGAUGAAUAUGAUGAACUUGUGCCGGACGAUAUUCAUUAUCACAAGAAUUUUGUUUUUCCUCUUCCUAAAUGCUCGAAUCAUAUACAUUCAUCUUGCACUUGGACAUCAAGAACCAUAUCGCAUAAUUUAAAAUUUUAUAUUAACGUUAAAACAGCUGUUAUUUCAGAGAAGACAGAAAUUACUAAAUUCAAGAAAGAAAUUAUUGAAAUAGAUAUACCGAUCGUUUUUUCAUCAUGCAAAUGUGCUGAAAAUUUACCGCGAUAUGACAAUCUUGAUCAUGUUUGCUUGCAUGAUUUACCACCCAGUUAUGAAGCAUUUCAGAGUAGAGGUAGUUAA